AUGGCGACUCAAGAGCCCAGCGCAAACAGCGAGCAGAGUGCUGAAUACAAGGCUUUGUGGGCAAACAAAUACCGCGGGGCAACGGUAGAGGACCUCGACCCACCACCUGCCCUCUCUGUCAAGCCCACUGAUCCCAUCUCCUGGGCGCUCAUGAGCGGUCUUGAACGCGACUACACGCAUCUAACUGUCAUUUCCCAAGAGAACCGCGCACUCCUUGGCUACAUCAGCAUCCCCCGCCUACAGGAGCUGCUCAAGGAGCGCAAAGUGAAAGAGGACGACCCGGUCGAGGCGGCGAUGCACAAGUUCCAGCGACGUGGAAGACGGUACAAGGUCAUUGACAUGGAGACGCCGCUCGAGGAGCUAGAAGAAUUCUUCAAGGGUGGAGUGGAUGGGAGUGGGAAGCAGGAAUUUGCUGUUGUCACGGAUGCGAGCCGCAAAUUUGUGCUGGGUGUCGCAACGACAAGCGACUUGGACAAGUUUAUCAAGACGAGGGCGUAA